UCACGGCAUCCUGCGCCGUGCGAGCGCGCUCCGAGUCCGGCGGUGUCUGGGAUUGGGUGGAGGGAGGGAGUGGUGGCGCAGGACGGAGUCACGGGAUUGGUAGAGUUCAGCGCCAAACUUGUUGACUCAUAACUGAGCUGCUCCUCUCCGUCCAUCUCGACGCGGAGCUGUCCGGGUCCAGCGGUGCUGAAACUGUCGAGCUUUCCGACGCCGCCUCCAGGGGUUGAUCUCCCAUUCUUCUGCUCCAGGUCCAAGCCUUUCCCAAAGUUGCGCUCCUUUUCUCUCGGUUUGCGUGAAAACUCCAGACCCCUCGUUUGAACGCGCCGCUCGGCAGAAAUCUCCCCACAACCCCGCCGCUCUCUCCGGGAGCGCACCGACUCUUUAGCGUCAGCCGCUCCAGCCGAGGACUCUUCGGACCGCAGCCAUGGCUUUCAUGGUGAAACACGUGGUGGGAGGGCAGCUAAAGAACCUGACGGGCGGACUGACGGAGGAGAAAUCCGAGGGGGAGAAAUCAGACGCCGCCGCGCAAGGAAUGACUCAAGAGGAAUUUGAACAAUAUCAGCAACAGUUAGAGGAGGAAAAACAAGAACGAGAAGCUAAUUUUGCCCAGAAGAAAGCAGAGAGGGCCACAGUUAGAACCCAUUUCCGGGAAAAGUACAGAUUACCAAAGAACGAGCUAGAUGAGACCCAGAUCCAACAGGCGGGGGAUGAUGUGGUGCUGCCCACAGAGCUCGCCAAGAUGAUCGCUGAGGACAACCAGGAGGAAGCACACAAGCAGUCCGUGCUGGGCCAGCUGUCCAACAUCCAGAACGUGGACAUCGAUCAGCUGAAGGACAAAGCCCAGGCCACACUGGAAGACCUUAAAAAGCAGACGGAAAACUGCAGUCUCAUGUGAAACGGGCAAAGCUGUCUUACUUGUGCGGAUAUUUAUCAGAGGCAGAACUUCUCUGGGCGUGGAAGUUUUCUCACUGCUUUAGUGGAUUGUCAGUUAGCAGAGCUGCUUAAUUAUGUGUUUCAUGGGGUGCAAAGUCUUCAGCCUAUAUGAGAUCUUUGGCUCUCUUCACAACCAGUCCAAUUCAUUUUGAGUUUUAAUCAUCCUGAAUGUCAGUCGCUUUUUCUUUUUUUUUUUUUUUACAAAAAAUAAAAGCAAAAACAAAAAUUAAACCACUUUGCACUCUGAAACAACUGAGACACAACCAGUGAGAUAAUUCUGCAGGUUUGAGCAAGUUCUCCUCUUGGUAAAUGCGCACAGUGUGUCCGAUCCUUCAUUCCCUGUAUUCCCAUCCUCCUUCGCUCUGUGUUCCUCCCCGUGGCCAGUGAUAAACACCGUGCGGUUCAGCAGCAGAGGUCGUAGCAGUCUGCAUUUUAUUCUCCUCUUUUAAUGACAAACGCGUGCAUCUCCAGUAAAGUCAGCUGCUCAGUUGGAAGGAGAACACACACGCAAGGCUUUUAUACUCAGGGCCGGCCCAACGUUGAACUGGGCCCUACGCAGAAUUUGAUUUAGGAGCCCACUUGCAGAUUGACCAUCACCCACCUGUCACCCCAGUACCACCUUUUUUUUAAUUUGCAUUGUU